ACCGCAUCAUCAUCAGCCGUUUGUUUCGUUUGUUGUACGCGAGAUUCCCGCCGUUGAUUCUGCCCGAUUUCUUGUCCUCGGUGUGGUUGACACUGUGUUUUGUGUGUGUGCUCUGACAUUUCGGUUUGGGUCGGGGGACCGUUCAGUUUCGUCCUUCCACAAGGCGGCCGAUCAACAGGUACAAGGAGCGAGGUGGAGUGGAAGCGUGUGGCAGUUGGGUGUCCGAUUCGUUCCGAUGGCUCGAUUGGUCCGAGUGCGAGAGCCGGGAACCAGAGGAGCAGCAACAGCAGCAGGAAAUGUCUGAGGGUCGGCAGCAGGAGGGCCGUGCCGAGCGCAUGGCCCGCUACAAGGAGGAGAGGAAGAGACAACUGGCCGCCAGGUUCGGCACCAGGGAGACUGGGGCAGAUUUGCCAUCACCGAGACGACCAAAAGAAGGCACAACCUCGAGCAGCAGCGAAGGACCGAGACCGACGAGAACGUCGAGACUGCGGGCACAGGCUGCCUCUCAACAAGACGAAAAUUCUAGUCACAAUCAGGAAUCCAGACUGACUCAUUCGGAGCGGACCGCCGCCAACCAGUGCCCGGUUAAUGGAGGAAGUGGCGAGACGCCCCGCGGCACCGCCGCAUCCCGACGGAACGAGCGUGACAAGAGCGCGAAACGGAAGUCUUAUCUCAAUCGGUCGCAGAACUCGGAAGAGGUUCCCUCCGAUUUCAGUGAUGAGACUGGCAGGAGAAGACGCCGGAGGAACCAACCGCUGGCCGACACGAACAACCGACAAACGCCUGUUGACUGCAAACCUACUGGCGAAUCCAGCACCACUGCCGAAACAUCCCACAUCACAACGGCACCAUCCAUUGCAACCGCCGUCGCACAAACAAACACUGCCUCAAGCACCGGUGCCCCCUCACCAUCACCAACGGCCGCCUCGGGGUCCGGUCUAGGAAGGGCGUCACCCCGCAGGUCGGAGCUCAGCGUGCACAUGGAAAACGCACGUCGCGGCGUCACCACCUCAUACUCGGAGAUGGGCAAGUAUCGUCCGUACGCCAAACGAUUCGGUGCCAGUCCGAAAGAAAAGCACACCGUUUCUGAUCAUGAUGUCGGACCUUCCGAUUACAACGGAUACUCUAGGACGUCAUCAAACAGAGAGAGCAUUGCCAAGAAAAAGAUUGAAGAGCCUGAAGACAGAAGGAGGACGAGAAGUAUAAUGAAAAGAAUGGAGGAGUUGUCCGCGAAAACUAAAAAGACUCUUGCUAACGUAGAACUUCUGACUAACAAGGCUAAGGAAUCACCGAGAAAAGAACUACCUCCAACAGAAGACAAGACUAGCGUCAAGUACUUAGAAAAGACGUCCUUCGAACGUUGCGCCCCGUUCUCCAUCCUGCGCCACAAAUCCGAAGAACCUUCAGCACCCGUAGAACCAUCACCAGCUCCGCCACGCGUCACCACAUCACAACCCGCCGGUCCUGUGUCCAUUCUCAAGCGUAAAGUACCGCAGGACGAGCACAACAAAAAUGAUUCGACGUCAACUACCCAGACACCUCCAGUGACAUUCUCUCCAAGUGUCGUCGAACCUACGCCUACAAAUCGACGUCAAGGUAUACUGAAGAAGCGACGCAGCCUGGAUGAAUCGCAGGUGAUGCGUCAUCGUAGCUGCAGCCCAGAUAUCGCGAACAAAUCUGAUAGCAGAGGUUCAAUACUUAAGCACAGAAGGUCCUCGCUUGAGGAAUUGACUAGAUGUGAUUCCCCAGACACACAUAUACAGGGUAUUUUGAAACGCAAAACUAGCAGGCACGAAGAGGAAGAUCAGUCACUCAACUCUCCACAGAGCAUUUUAAAACGAAGAUCGGGCACUAGCAGUGCCAACUCCACGAGCAGCACUCCCCACGUUUCUAUAACCACUGCCGUUAUUUUAGCCGCUGCCGGUGGUGCAGAGAUGGUACUUGAGUCCGAGAACAACGAGCCGGUUAGGCCGAUUCUCAAAAAGAAAAGUUUCUCCGAGGAUCACCAUCACAACACUGACCACAGUUCAAGCUUCGAUGCCCCCAAGCCCAUUCUCAAAAAGAAAUCGAGCACCGACACUGAUGAGGCUUGCGACGACAAACCCAAACCCAUUCUGAAGCUGCGCAAGUCCUCAACCGAUAGGGAGACAUGCGACGGGGCCAAUAAAGACAGACCUAGUAUUAGACACGUAUCCUCCACUGAAACCGACUGUGAUAUUUCCCAAAUCAAGCCGAUUCUCAAACAGAAUUCCAGAGACGAGACCAGUAGAAACAGAUUGUCGUUCUCGGGCGGCGACAGCCGCAAUGAGGAAGUACUGAUGCGACAAAGGGGCGGCAGAAGAUCCAACACGAUCUGCUGUGAGUUUCAGCCGAACGCCAACAAGAGCGAACUGAACAAAGACGAAGACAGGCAUCUGAAGAAGCCCAGACCGUUGUCGGUGUUCGAGUUAGUGAUGAGCUUCGAAAAGUCGUCACAAGGGACUUCGACCGGUGCUAUUCCGAAGAGAAGCAGUUUGAAGAGGACUAGUGAAAGAUACAGGACGCAACCUGUUACCUCAGAUGAACUGGAAGAAAGCUUGAACUUGGUGAAGGAAGACCACCACACACUAGGUAGUUCAUCACGUUCGUUCGAGGAACCUGGAUGUUCAACACCUCCCCAGUCAACCCUUCACUCUUUGUUAGAAUUCACCACAUCCUUAGAACGCGACAUUCAUCUGAAGGGCUUACUGUCUUCCCCGACGAACGAAGAGGGUGGAGCUAAAAUGUCGUCGGAUUCAGCUUUCCAGUCGCUGGGCGACGGUCUUGAAUUGGAGGAGACUGAUGAGGAACAAAAGGAGGUCGAGAAGUCAGCGGAGCUGACAAAAAGCAAAGCAAAGUCAGAUCAGAAUAAACUUGAGCUUCAAAUGAAGUCCAUUGCGGAGGAGGCGAAAAACAUGAGGCUUGGAAGAGGAAAUGCUGGUGUUGACAGAUACAGACUAAGAAGUUCGGGCAAAACUAGCAACCGCUUCUCCACUCAACCAGUCACGUUUCAAGAGGUUCAAGAUGCUGCUAAUUUUAAUCAAGAUGGAACAACAGGUGAAGGAGGCGAUACCAAAUCACCAUCCCGAAGGAAAGCGGUCACAUCUCCGACCGACACCAGAAGGCAGUCACAAAGAUCCGAAACCGUAGACGAGGGCAUUUCAUGCAACGAUUCCGGCUCUGAUUCGGAGGCGUCGCCGCCAUCGCCAGUGAGCCACUCGCGCAAAAAUGCCAGCGGAAAGUUUGCAGACUCCACGUCGGAGGGCGAGUCCUCCGGCGGUCGCGAAGUCAGGAGCAUCUUCAAGGGUGACAACAAGCUACAGAUCAAAUUACAGUUGGAGCAGGUCUUGUCGAAGAGCCGCAGCCACGGUGUUGUGAGGGAUGAUUCGUCGCUUCCGGUCAAUCAGGGUACCGGCGCCGCUGUUAAGCCGUCGUCGCUCAGGAGAUCGCAGACACAUUCAGCUGCCGCCAUGCCCCAGAGCAUAGCGGACCUACGGGCCAAGCUUCAAGAGAGCGGCGAGACGGAGUGGCGCAAACGCAUACCACUGAACAACAAUGUGAAUGACGAGUUGAAACUCCUGAAGGACAAGAACCGUUACAAUGAUGAAAAGUCGUUGUUGGCUUCCAAAAAGGAUGAGCUGGACGCGUCUUCUAAACAAUGGACGGAACGUGUGGAGAAAUCGGACGCCGAAAAGUUUUCGGUUGCCGGACGGAUGAAAAAUGCCAAAGAUGUGCCACUGAUUAACAUAGAGAAGACCAGUCGGACACCACAGGCCAGGCGAUUCAAGGGUGUUAAGGAUUCUACUUCUCCGGAGAAGUAUGGAAAUUUCGAUCUCAGCAGGAGCAAGUCCAUGCCCGCACCACCCAAAGACGCAGGCUUGCUCGCAUCUAAAGAUCCCAGUAAAAUUGUGCGUAUGGUGUCAGUCAUACAACCCGAUGACUACACGUUCCAGUCCUUCUUCGAGAGCGUCGACAAGAAGAAAUUUAAAGACGAACAGGUUGACAUAUCGAAGGAGGACUUCGACGCUAUUGAACGGCAAUCGUUGCUGGUUUUGAAAAAGAAUGUUACGGUGCACAAGAGGCGCGGAACCUCCUCAAAGAAUCCCCUCAAAGCACUGGCUAACAGGACUGACAUCUCUUCGGAGUACACUGAGGUGAUUACCGACAAGGCUGAGAGAGAAAAGAAAAGACUGAUUUUUGAUAAAAUGGCUAAAGGUUCAAACUUAGCCAUCGAGGCCUUAGCUGGUCUAGCUAGUAAUGAAGACUUUAAAUCCGUUGCCUUAAAGAAGCCCCAGAGCCUUUCCGUGUUGGUGCCCUUCAAGGACGUGAUGCUGCUUCAAGUUAAGGGUCGUAGACACGUCCAAACGCGUCUUGUCGAACCCGUUGUCAACAGCAUCAAUGAGGGCGACUGCUACAUUCUCAUCACCAGAUCAGCCCUGUACAACUACGUGGGCAGGUAUUCCAACAUCAUUGAACAAUCCCGCGCCGCCGAUAUCGCCAACCAUAUCAAACAGACCAAUGAUAUGGGAUGUAAGGUGGGCGAAGUGAUCACGCUGAACCAGAAGGAGGGUCAACAGAGGCAUUUACAAGCAUUUUGGAAAAUAUUAGGAGCUUCCGAGACUCCAGAAAUUGUGGAUGCUGGCCAUCCCGACGAAGACGAGACCUAUGAGAGCAACAUAUCAAACACGAACAUGAUCUACACCUUCGAAAAAGACGAGCUUGUGCCACUGGACAAAUACUGGGGGGCUAUACCCAAAAUAGAAAUCCUGGACGAUUCAAAAGUAUUGGUCUUCGAUUUUGGAUCGGAGAUGUACGUGUGGAGUGGCAAAACUGCUCCACUAGAAUCCAAAAGGGCUGCCUUGAAUUGUGCCAAAGAGAUGUGGUCUAAGGGAUAUAAUUACAGCGAAUGUGCGAUAUGUCCACUGAACGUUGCUUCCAUUUUGGGUGACAGGAAACAGGAGAAAUUAUCCCUGAAAGAUGACCAACGUCCCAACUGGGCUUUGUUCUGUAAGUUAACACAACAUCGCGAAACUAUUUUGUUCAGGGAGAAAUUCUUGGAUUGGCCCGAUUUCUCCAGAGUCAUCACUGUUAAAACUGAUGACACUAUCAAAUCAGUGAGCACCUCGUUUGACAUAAAACCUUACAACGUCGAGGAAAUGCUAAAGAACAAGGGCAACAAUCCUGAUUUGGUUAUACAAGACACGCAUUUAGGAAGGGGUGAAAAUUUCUUCGACGAAGAGUCAUCGAGGUUGUUCGAAUUCGAAACGGAGGAAAUAAAAGCUUGGAAAAUUCAGGAGAAUUCUCACGACAAACUUGAUGAGAAAUCGUUUGGACAUUUCUAUGAAGGCGACAGUUACAUUUACAGCUGGAGAUUCCGAAUGACGGUGCGUGGUCGAGGUUUGACAGGUAACCCAUCAAAACAUAAGCAAGUUGGAAAGGAAAAAUGCGUGUUCUUCUAUUGGCAAGGCAGUAAAUCCUCGGUAAACGAAAAAUGUGCCGCAGCCUUCCUCACUGUGGAAUUAGAUAAAGAAAACGCUCCUCACGUGCGUAUUACUCAAGGCUCUGAACCAGCGGUUUUCCUAAGAUUGUUCAAGGGCGAGAUGAUUAUACAUAAGGGUAAAAGAGGUGAACCAAUAGACAACACCACGCCGAGAAUGUUUGCUGUUCGAGGUGAAUUGGAAAAUGAAAUACACCUUUUGGAAGUGCCAUUGGAAAUGAAGCGCCUGAGAAGUCAAACAUCUUUCAUCGUCCUCGACACAGAGGACGAGGAACAGGUGACAAUAUGGCAUGGGUCUAAAUCCAAUCAAAAUAGAAGAAAUGCCGCAAACGUGUCUGUGCGGAAAAUGAUGGAUAAGAAACCCAGGGAAUUGAAUUUGCAUUUAUUUGAAGAAGAUUUGGACAUUGUGGAAUUAGAAGAAUUCAGCGAAGAUGAUAAUUUAUUAAAGUUGUUGGGUAGCGACAGAUCGUCUUAUUUUUCAUUAAAAGACAAGAAAAAUGAUUAUGAUUUCACCAUGAGAAUGUUCCACAUGACAAGUCUGACAGGAGAUUUUGUAGCAAAAGAAAUACUUUGCCCCUUCAGAAGUGAUAAACCUACAGCGUAUCCAUUCCAACAGUCGGAAUUGUACUCGGCCAGUCAACCAGCGUUAUUCCUGAUCGACAACAAACACGAAUUAUGGCUGUGGCAGGGCUGGUGGCCAGAAAAAACGGACGAAGACGACUCCGGUUCUGAUCAGGCGUCGUCGACUGGUUCCAGCGAACAACAGACGGGUUCUGGGGUUGUGCGGUGGCAGGCUGAGAGACGCGCCGCCAUGCAGACAGCUAUUAAUUAUUGGCGUAAAAAGAAUGGUGGAGAUGAAGCUGAUGUUCCCACUUACUUGGUAUCUGCAGGAUUAGAACCGCUUGAGUUUCAAAAUCUGUUCCCUACGUGGGAUUGCAUGGAAGACGUUGCGGAAAGAAACAAAAAGGAAGGAAAAGUAGAUGGGGAAAAGCUACCGCUGGUAGAAAAACUGGCCCAGUUGUCUCGAAGUACUUACUCCAUAGACGAACUGUUGCAAAGACCUUUGCCGGAGGGUGUAGACCCAACGCAUCUAGAAAUGUACUUAUCUGCCGAAGAUUUCCAAAGCUUAUUACAAAUGUCCAAAGAGGAAUUUGAAAAACUGCCAUCUUGGAAACAGAGUACCAUUAAAAAAGAAAAAGGUCUUUUUUGACCAAUGCUUAUUUUGUUAGACAGGUUGGAUAGUUUGUUUAGCAGUUUGUUACUAUAUAUACAAUCACAUAAUACCUAACUGAUCUUCCAUGUUAUGUAUAGAGUUUAGUUAAGAAUUAGGCGAUUGUAUUUAAAAUAUUUUUAUUACGUUUGUGUUUUAUUAAUAGUAUUAUAUUUUUUAAAUUAUUGCUUAAAAUUGCAUUGUCUUGCCGAUUAACUACAUUGUCAGAACUGCCAUUUUAAAAAAGCUUUUUAUAGUUAUGAUGUACUUAAAUUGUUUGUAAACUGAUUUUUAUUGUAUUUAGUUUGUUGUGUCUAAUUUUAUAGGUGAAAACGCUUCGGCUUACGACACACAAUAAGAUAUAAUGGCCGAUCUUCACGAUUUUUAGUGAGAACAAUUUAACUAUUAUCUUCAGUGUCAAGUCACUGGAAAAGUCUACAAAAGUGCAUACACAUAGAUAAAAUAUAUUUAUUCAUAUUAGCAUACGUAUAUUUUUCAUUUUUGUAUAUUAAUUGUAUAUAUAGACUUUACAACAAUUUUAAAGUGUUAUAUUAAUACCAAAACAUCAUUAACAAAUUGUAAAAACUUGAAAAAUUAAUAAAUGGAUUUUAUUCCUUCAA